CACCAUAGCGCCUUAAAUUCCGAACCGCAGGUCCGAUGGAUGCAACAACAGCACGAAAAGUUACGAAAAAAGCGUGACGGUUCCUACACCACCCUACCCGGCUACAGUCCAUAUGAUGUGAUAAGACCAGGUGGGGGUUUUGUUAGUGCAUCAGGUCCCCGUCUUGCAUAUCAGCCUACAGCGUCAGCGCGUAUCGGUUCACCUCUGCUGUCGCGCGCUCCACGCAUUCAAUAUCGUGCCGCUACAUCGCAUAACAUAUUUCCCGAUCCUCUAUUCAAGGAACAGUGGUACUUGAAUGGUGGCGCCAAAGAUGGCCUCGAUAUGAAUAUCGGUCCCGCCUGGCAGAAAGGCUACACCGGCAAAGGCGUUGUCGUUUCUAUACUCGACGAUGGCAUACAAACGAAUCAUCCUGACCUUGCUCAAAACUACGAUCCAGAUGCAUCCUUCGAUAUAAACGGCAACGAUUCGGAUCCAACGCCGCAAGAUAAUGGUGACAACAAACAUGGCACCAGGUGUGCAGGUGAAGUGGCUGCGGUGGCUUUUAACAACUACUGCGGUGUGGGUGUCGCUUACAAUGCUAGCAUUGGAGGCGUCCGCAUGUUGGAUGGCAAAGUGAAUGAUGUUGUAGAGGCGCAAGCAUUGAGUUUAAAUCCAUCACACAUUGACAUCUAUAGUGCCUCUUGGGGACCCGAGGACGAUGGCUCGACAGUGGAUGGUCCUGGGCCGUUGGCACGUCGCGCUUUCAUCUAUGGCGUGACAAGCGGGCGACAAGGCAAAGGCUCAAUAUUUGUUUGGGCAUCGGGCAAUGGUGGACGUUAUACAGAUUCAUGCAAUUGUGAUGGCUAUACGAAUUCAAUUUUCACAUUGUCCAUUUCGAGUGCAACACAGGGAGGCUUCAAACCUUGGUACCUAGAGGAAUGCUCCUCCACACUCGCCACCACCUACAGCUCUGGCACGCCCGGUCACGAUAAGAGUGUCGCUACCGUCGACAUGGAUGGCCGCCUACGCCCUGAUCACAUUUGCACCGUCGAACACACCGGUACCUCGGCUUCAGCGCCACUUGCCGCCGGUAUAUGUGCACUUGCUCUGGAAGCAAAUCCCAAUCUUACCUGGCGUGANCCAACUGAGUCGGAUUUGGGCCAGCCCACAAAUGAUGGUGGUUACUAUAAUGCCGAUCAAUUUGCCGGCUAUCUGAAUUAUCAGAAUCUUUUUACUGGUGCCGGUUCGAAUCCAGAACAAGCUGUGGCUACUGUAGACGGUCACAAUAUACCAACACCACAACGGCAAAAUGUGAUGGCCGACUCGAAUAAUAAGCUUGUGCUGCACGAUUGUGAUCCAGAAUGCGAUUCGCAGGGUUGCUAUGGCCGUGGUCCGACUCAGUGUGUGGCCUGCAAGCACUACCGCCUGGACAACACCUGUGUUAGCCGCUGCCCACCGCGCUCCUUCCCCAAUCAAGGUGGUGUAUGCUGGCCCUGCCAUGAAUCUUGUGAAACCUGUGCGGGUGCUGGACAAGACAGUUGCCUCACUUGUGCACCUGCGCAUCUGCAUGUCGUCGAUUUGGCUGUGUGUUUACAAGUCUGCCCAGAUGGAUACUAUGAAAACUAUGACAACAAAACUUGUGUGCCAUGUGAGGCUAAUUGCGCUUCGUGUCAGGAUCGGCCCGACUAUUGUACCAGCUGCGAACACCAUUUAGUUAUGCACGAACAUAAAUGCUACUCUGCUUGUCCUCUACACACCUAUGAAACUGAAGACUACAA